UGGAAUUGUUCGCCCACUCUUGCAUCAGCAGCCAACGCAGAAGAGCCAAAGAGACUCUUUCUGACUGGUACGUCGUCUUCAAGGUGAAGAGUUGCCUCGGUUCAUACAAGGACAUUUUAUUAUCAAUCUUACAACUCUUCACCCAGCCUAUCUCUUCCGGUAACUUAAUAUAUUACAUUAUUAUUAUAUCUACGUGAACAUUCAACGCUUACAAAUAGUGCUAUUUGUGUGAUUUUAUUUAUUUUUUAUUUAUUAUUUGUGCUCUUAUUUUUUCACUGUGAAUUUGACUAUUUUUUGUUGGUUUUCAAUUAAUCAAGACUUAAGGAGUCAAAAUGGAUAAGAAGAAUCUCUUUGCAAGGCUCGUGUGGAUUCUACUGCUUGUUACUAUAAAUUCCAUUCAGGCUCAUCCUGAAGUAAUAGAAUCGGAAAAACCAAAUUUAGAUACAAUAGUCGAAGAUACAACUGAUGACUAUUGGGCAGGCAGUGGAGCUGGUCCAGAAGAUGCUACAGAAUUAAACCGUACCGAGACCAGAGAAUCAUUAACCCAUGAAGCCAGUGAUCAGGAUACUGUGGUUUACUUGGGUGAAGGUGCUCAGUAUAUUCCGGUACCGGCAAUAAAACCUCGAGUACCGUUGAAUCCAAAUUUGCAAGCUCUCCAAACUCUACAGGGUCUUCAAGGCAUUGGUGCCACUGGUGGUACUGGUGGUGGUGGUUCGGCUUCAGGUACAGGUGGAACUGCUCUAUCCAGUGAUGACGAGUGGGGACGUCAUCCGGAAACUUGGGACAGAGAGCAUCGGAGAUAUAGACCUAAUACUACUCGUGUCCAACAUAUCGAAGCUGAAUGUCAAGAUGAUUAUAUGAAAAUACGCAUUGGUUUCAAUGGAUCAUUUGCCGGACUUUUAUACUCAGCUGGUUACUCUUAUGAUCCUGACUGCAUGUACGUCAACGGUACCGGAAGGGAUUACUACGAGUUUUAUAUUCAGUUAAAUCGCUGCGGAACUCUUGGGGAAAAUACUCAUCAUCAAGAUAGCAGGAAAAAUCCAACGAAAAAUUUAAUGUGGAAUACGGUCACAGUUCAAUACAAUCCACUCAUCGAAGAAGAAUUUGAUGAACACUUCAAAGUUACGUGUGAAUACGGAUAUGAUUUUUGGAAAACUGUGACAUUUCCGUUUUUAGAUGUCGAAGUUGCGACAGGUAAUCCAGUUGUAUUUACAUUACAACCGCCAGAAUGUUACAUGGAGAUAAGAUAUGGUUACGGAACAACUGGAACGAGAGUAGCCGGCCCUGUAAGAGUUGGCGAUCCACUUACUCUUAUCAUUUACAUGCGUAGUAAAUACGAUGGUUUCGAUAUUGUUGUUAAUGAUUGUUACGCUCACAAUGGCGGCAAUAAGAAGAUCCAACUUAUUGAUCAAUACGGCUGUCCAGUUGACGACAAACUAAUUAGCCGAUUUAGAGGAUCGUGGUCGGAAAGUGGACUCUUUGAAACUCAAGUAUUUGCUUAUAUGAAGACAUUCAGAUUCACCGGGUCACCGGCUUUGUACAUCGAGUGCGACGUCCGAAUGUGCCACGGCAGAUGUCCGAGCCAACCAUGUCAUUGGAGAAAUUCAAAAAAUAUUGCCAAACGUUCAUUGGCUAUCGGCGGUCCUACAACACCGGCGACUAGUUUAUCUGAAAAUGUUAAUCUUUUCCAAUCGUUACGAGUUCUUCAAGAAGGAGAAGGCGAAGCUGAAGUAUUUCAGAAUACAACAGCUGCAUCUCAUAGUGGAGGAGUAAGUGAAGCAACAGGAGAAAAAGUUUGUUUACGAUCAACAGUCGUUAAUACAAUAGUAGGUUUUAGUUGUGGUUUAAUUUGCAUAAUGGUAGGUACUCUCCUCGUUCUUUGUUCGAGAAUACGACGAGCAGCUAGAGAAAAACUUCUUAGCGACAGUCUUAGUUAUAUGACUCAUAAAGGACGAAUUAAUUAAAAAAUAAUAACUCGGCCUUUUUUUUUAUUCAAUGAAUAAAUAAAUAAAUUUGAAAAAAUACUCAUCAAUUACAAUCACAAUGCAAAAAAAGU